GUUGCGACCAUACAGAAUGUUCUGAAACAGAAGGUGCAGGUCCGAGUUCUCAGGCGCUGAGUGCCGGCCCAAGACGGUUUCGGCAAGCACUAGCGCCUAGUUUACGUGGACGUGGAAGCCGCGAUCCGACCGAGGGCUAAGCUACCAAGAGAAGCACACAGCCAUUGCCAUCGCAACGCCAGGCAUCGACCAACAUUCACUCUGUCCAAGCCUAUUCACUGCACAGCCACAAUCACAUUACGCAGCGCAACGUACACCAACGCGGCGCACGAUAUUUCAACAAAGCAUAUCAAACCUCGCGUGAGACAUCUUCCAAGAGCUUCAUUCAGCUUGCGCCAGCAACAAAGCUACCGGAACCGCAACCCAGACAUCUGCAACACACCACCUUGCGCAUCGCCCAGCACAGCUAGAGUUAUUCGACAGGUAGUUGCACCGCAAAGAUGACGCUCGCAGAAGAGUUCAAGUCAAGGAAUUUCAGUAUCUAUGGUCAAUGGACCGGAGUGUUGUGUAUAGUCCUUUGCUUUGCGCUGGGCAUAGCCAACAUCUUCAACGCCAACUGGGUCAUCGCGUUUAGCAUUGUGUGUUUAGUAUGUUCGUUCAUCAUCAUCUUCAUCGAAAUACCGCUGCUCCUCCGCAUUUGCCCAACGUCACCCAAGUUCGAUACCUUCAUCCGUAAAUUCAGCUCCAACUACAUGCGCGCGGCCAUCUACGCGGCGAUGAGCGCCAUACAAUGGGCCAGUAUUGCCGCCCGGGCUACUAGCUUGAUUGUUGCGGCCGUCUUCCUACUGCUCGCAGCCGUCUUUUACGCGCUUGCUGGCUUCAAAGGCCAGCAGUUCCAGGGCAGCAAGACACUGGGAGGACAAGGAGUCGCACAAAUGAUUAUAUAAGGCGGAGGUGGAACUGGACAAAGAAGCAGUAGGCAUGGGCGACGAAUCUGGACGAACGACACGUUGUUUAUAUAGAGAACGCAAGGAUCGACGAAGCAACUGAAGUCUCUAGGACCAAGAUGAUGAGCUUGGCCUGUUGGCAAGCGGUUAUAGGGUGUGGUGUAACUCCUUUGUAGCAGCAUUCGGCAGCUGGGCGUUCUGGGGGCUAUAUCUUGUAUGAAAAUCCCUUGGAUUUGGAAAUGCUUGGUCAACCUGCUAGGCGGCCAAAAUGCGACACAUUUUUUUCUCCGG